UAAGAUGAUUAGUGUUACAUUACAAGCGCUGCGAAUUUGACUGUGCGAUGGAGUUUGGUUGUGUGACGCUACGGAGUUCUUACUUUUACCCCCGUACAUAUUCUCGAGCUAAGGCUGCUGCUCUUCCGUUGACAAGAAAUUCAGCGCCCAUUCCUUGUUUCUCCCAUAAAUUUAAAUGUUGUCCCUUGAUUGUUAAUCCCAUCAGACUUCGAAGAUAUUCCCCCAUUGCUGCUGUUGUUGGUGAUACAACUGCUGAAACCACACCUGUUCACGAGGAGCCUGCCAUAGGCGGUCAAAACAAUGAUGAUACUAGGAGUUUGGAUGAUGGGAAAAUGAUUAAAGUAUGUGACAAGCUCAUUGAGGUUUUCAUGGUUGACAAGCCCACUCCAACUGAUUGGAGAAGGUUGCUUGCUUUCAGCAAGGAAUGGAGCAAUCUACGCUCUCAUUUCUUCAAGCGUUGUCAGGACCGAGCUGAUGCUGAGGAAAACCCUGGAAUGAAGCAUAAACUUCUUCGGCUUGGACGCAAACUGAAAGAGAUUGAUGAAGAUGUGCAAAGACACAAUGAGCUUCUUGAAGUCAUUAAGAAAGCACCAUCAGAAGAAAUAAGUCAAAUUGUUGCUAGACGUCGUAAAGAUUUCACUAAAGAAUUUUUUAUGCAUCUACACUCUGUAGCAGAAUCAUAUUAUGAGAAUCCAACUGAACAAAAUGCUUUAGCAAAGCUGGGGAACAUUUGCUUGGCUGCUGUGCAAGCUUAUGAUACUGCAACAGAGAGCAUUGAAGCACUCAAUACUGCUGAGUUGAAAUUCCAAGAUAUUAUCAAUUCACCUUCUAUAGAGACUGCUUGCAGAAAGAUAGAUAAUCUGGCUGAGAAAAAUCAGCUUGAUUCAGCGUUGGUGCUGAUGAUCACUAAAGCUUGGUCAGCUGCUAAGGAAUCAAACAUGACAAAAGAUGAGGUCAAAGACAUACUGUAUCAUUUAUAUAUGACUGCAAGAGGUAACCUCCAGAGGAAUAUGCCUAAAGAGGUUAGGAUUUUAAAGUAUCUUCUCACAAUUGAGGAUCCGGAAGAGCGAUUAUGUACUCUUAAAGAUGCCUUUACUCCUGGAGAAGAAAUCGAAGGGAAAGAUGUAGACAACCUAUACACGACCCCAGAAAAACUCCAUACAUUGAUGAGGACUGUGGUGGAUGCUUACAAGUUCAGCCGGGAAGGCACUCUUUUGAGAGAAGCGAAGGACCUAAUGAAUCCUAAAAUCAUUGAGAAGAUGGAGGAGCUGAGGAAACUAGUAGAAAAGCACUUUAUGUGAUGAUGACAACAUAACCGAUACUUUUCAGAAGUUUUCCAAAUUUAUUCAAUCACAAAUCUGCAAUCUUAAUACAGAAAGUUGGGCGGAAGUAAUAUCAUAGUAGCUCUGUUUCUGUGAUGUUGCAUCUGUGACAGAGUGACUUUCAGAGUAAACCUCCCUAGGUCUUGUGUUGUAUUUCCUCAGUUCAGCUUCCUAUAAAUUUUGUCAACACAACAGCAGGCAUUGUAUUUGAAGCAUCAAACACUAAUAUUUAUUAUUUAUUAAUUAGGGCUAAUCGUAGUUUCUUGUAUCA